UCUUGGGAUUCACAUCCUGAGCCUCAGAAAUGGAGGAAGAGCGAGCCACUAAGAAUAGCGGUACUGCGGGAUCCACACUCCAGGAGUCCAGAGUCUUCUCCCAGCUGAUCUCCUUGAGGGAAAACGCUGUGCUGUUCAACCUGAUUGGAGCCAGAUGUCUCGCCCUGGCGUCGGCUGUGGUUCAGGUGUACCUCUCCCUGCCUCCAGAAAGGAGCAGCUGGACCAAGUGUAACUCUGGAGUGGUCUGUUUAAUCAAAGAUUACAGCGAACGCUCCUACUUCCUGAGGCUUUACAGGGUCAAGCAGAAAGGAAAGCUGGCCUGGGAGCAGGAGCUGUACACCCAGUUUGAAUACUCUGCACCUCACCCCUACUUCCACACCUUCCUGGGAGACGUGAGUACCCCUCCCAUCACCUCCCAGUAUGAAUACCCUGCACCUCACCCCUACUUCCACACCUUCCUGGGAGACGUGAGUACCCCUCCCAUCACCUCCCAGUAUGAAUACUCUGCACCUCACCCCUACUUCCACACCUUCCUGGGAGACGUGAGUACCCCUCCCAUCACCUCCCAGUAUGAAUACCCUGCACCUCACCCCUACUUCCACACCUUCCUGGGAGACUAUUUCUAG